UGCGUGGACGGCUGCCAGUGACUGCGGCGGUGUCUGGGAGCAUGCAUAGGCUCAAGUCGUCUCAGAAGGACAAGGUCCGCCAGUUUAUGGCAUGCACUCAAGCCGGGGAAAGAACUGCUAUCUACUGCCUCACUCAGAAUGAUUGGAAACUAGAUGAGGCCACAGACAGCUUCUUUCAAAACCCAGACUCGCUCCUUCAGGAGUCCAUGAGGAACACUGUGGACCAGAAGAAGCUGGAACAGUUGUAUGGCAGGUACAAAGACCCACAAGAUGAAAACAAAAUUGGAAUUGAUGGAAUCCAACAGUUUUGUGAUGAUUUAAAUCUUGAUCCUGCCAGUAUCAGUGUUUUGGUCAUAGCAUGGAAGUUCAGGGCUGCUACUCAAUGUGAAUUUAGCAAAAAGGAAUUUGUAGAUGGCAUGACAGAACUUGGGUGUGAUAGCACAGAAAAGCUGAGAGCUCUUCUGCCCAGAUUGGAACAAGAGCUUAAGGACUCAGCAAAGUUCAAAGAUUUUUAUCAGUUUACCUUUACCUUUGCUAAGAAUCCUGGACAAAAAGGUUUAGAGACUGACCUUUGCCGAACUGAGAUAAGGAAAGAAGAGAGCCAGCCACAUGACUUAGAAAUGGCUGUUGCAUAUUGGAAAUUAGUAUUAUCUGGAAGGUUUAAAUUUUUAGAUCUGUGGAAUACAUUUCUGCUGGAGCACCACAAAAGAUCCAUUCCAAGAGACACUUGGAACCUUCUGCUAGAUUUUGGAAACAUGAUUGCAGAUGAUAUGUCUAACUACGAUGAAGAAGGAGCGUGGCCUGUCCUUAUAGAUGAUUUUGUAGAAUAUGCACGGCCAGUAGUCACAGACUACUGGUGCCUGGACGACCUAUAUCGGGAGAUGGUGAAGCGCUACGUGGAGACGGUGGAGAAGCUUCCAGAAUAUCGGCCAGACCCAGCUACUGUGGAGGGCUGUUCUCAGCUGAAGCCAGAUAACUACCUCCUGGCCUGGCACACGCCCUUUAGUGAAAAGGGCUCAGGAUUUGGAGCUGCCACUAAAGCAAUGUGCAUUGGCAUGAGGUACUGGAAGCCAGAGCGGCUGGAGACCCUCAUUGAAGUCAGCAUCGAGUGUGGCAGAAUGACCCACAACCAUCCCACAGGGUUCCUUGGGUCCCUGUGCACGGCUCUGUUUGCCUCUUAUGCCAUACAAGGAAAACCACUUGUGCAAUGGGGGAGAGACAUGCUGCGGACAGUCCCACUGGCCGAGGAGUACUGUAAGAAGACCAUCCGGCACAUGGCAGAGUACCAGGAGCACUGGUUUUACUUUGAAGCUAAAUGGCAGUUUUAUUUGGAGGAGAGAAAAAUCAGUGAAGACAUGGAAGGCAAAGCCACCUUUCCUGACAACUAUGAUGCAGAGGAGAGAGAGAAGACCUAUAAGAAAUGGAGCUCAGAAGGCCGAGGCGGACGACGAGGCCAUGAUGCCCCCAUGAUAGCCUAUGACGCCCUCCUUGCAGCUGGGAGCAGCUGGGCUGAGCUGUGCAACAGGGCCAUGUUCCACAGAGGUGAAAGUGGGGCCACAGGCAUGAUCGCCGGCUGCCUGUUUGGCCUGCUGCAUGGCCUGGAUGCCGUCCCCCAGGGCCUGUACCAGAACCUGGAGCACAAGGGCAGACUGGAGGACUUGGGCUCAGCCCUCCACCGCUUGUCCACGGAGGAGAAGUAAAGCAUUUCUACCAUUCCCCUUCCAGAAGGCAGCUGUAGUUUCCACAUGCAAGCUUGUAGCCUCUGUAGGGGAGGGUGUCCAGUCAGACAAUUAAAUGUUAAC